AUGUCAAACAUUGAAAAAUCUGUAACGCCAGAAUCUGUAGCGGCAGAAUCUGCAGCGCCAGCACUUCUUAAUCAAUUUGCUAAACCUGAGGCUGUAGCGGGAAACACCAGGACAAUGGAUUUCUAUGCAGCCAACACCAAAGUCGAUAUCACCCUUCUCCUUAUGUUUGAACCCCCAGCCGCUGGAAAACUUUACUCAGACUUAUUCCCCACUGCUUGGAAGGUUAUUACGUUCAGUGGAACUGGAAUUAACUCUGCCACAGUCACUUAUACAGCUGCAACUGGAUUCUUUGCACCCCAGCUGCAUCAAACUCUCAGCCUUGUGAGGCAUACUGGGCAGCGGUGUACCCUUGCGCCUAACAGCAACGGGCUGAUGAAUCAUAUCACCGAUGCAAAAACUGGAACUGCAGGUGUUAUGCAAUGCACCAAUGUCACCCCACAACCUGCGAACAUAGGAAUCGGAUUCUUCAACAAGGCUGGGAAUAAGAUGGAGCCUGCUAUUUUGUGGCAGAAUGUUGCUAAGAACGCCACUCUUUCCGUCCAGCUUACACCAAGGCUUAAGAUAUAUGCAACUACGGAUUAUAAAAGCGACGUUGAGAGCCCGCUAUUGUUUUACCAAAACCUGAUCGGUCUUGCUGCCCACACCGAGUGGAAUGUCAUUGUCGACGAGGGAACGGGAGAAAUCAAGAUCGUUCCCGUCUCAUCCUGA